AUGUCACACUCCUAUAAAUUUGCCGUGCCUCAGGGAAUCGAACUGGACGACGGUAUCCGGGCAUUCUUCGAGGAGUUCUACAGGACGAGUGAUACGCCGGAUGCACAUGACAAGUAUGCGGAUUCGUUAACUGCCGACGCGGAUUUUGUGAUGGCUAGUAAGAGGGCGAAGGGGAGAGAUGAAAUCCUAGCCAUCCGCAAAGGCAUGUGGGCAACAGUCGCUUCGCGUCUCCACACACCAGUCAAGAUCUUCUCAUUUGGACCUGGAGCAGAUGAGCUCAUGCUCUACGGGACGGUCAAGUAUGUUUUGAAAGAUGGGAGAAAGGCCGAGGUUGAGUGGGCGGCUCGAGCAAAGAUGGCGAAGGUUGAUGGGCAGUGGAAGAUGAGUUUCUACCAGGUGUAUUUGGACACUGCCGCAAUGCAGAAUGCCAAGUAG